AUGGCGACUGCAUCAAAAUCGUUGAUGAAUACUUACGAGUAUAUGAAUGAAAGCGCAAUUGACAAGGAAUUGAAAUGUACAAUUUGUACUGAACCAUUCCUGAAACCAGUAAGUCUCUCGUGUCAACAUACAUUCUGCUGUGAAUGUAUCGAACAAUGGCUGGAUAAAAAUUGUUCAUGUCCAAUAUGUCGGGAGUGUUUUCAUUUGAAGGAGGAAACAUAUUCACCGAUCAAUACACAAAUUGUGAACAAUCAAUUGGAUCGAUUACUUGUUCGAUGUAAUCAAUGUCAACAAGAGAAUAUCGCACGAGGAAACUUUCGUGAUCAUGAAUCAAAGUGUACGAAGAAGUUAGUGGCAUGUUCAGCAGCGGAUAUUCAUUGCCUAUGGAGAGGACCACGAGAUGAACAAGAACUACACGUGAAAACAUGCGUGUUUCAACAAGUUCGACCCAUUGUAGAUCAUUUGCAGAUACAAUUAGAUUCAUCAUUGAAGAUUCAGGAAAAACUUGAAGAAAAACUUGAAAAGCAAUCGAAUGAUAUCGAAUUUCUUUUUGCUUUCAUUAACCAAGGCCAUACAAUGAACAAAGAAUGUACAAAAUUGCAUGGGCGAUGUCAAUAUGCUUUACGUUAUCCGAACAAAAAUAAACUACAAUUUGAAUGUACUGUCUGUAAAAGUGCGAUACGACGUCGACACGUGGCAUUGCAUACAUGUUCAUUGAAUGAUCUAAUUCAAUGUAUAUGUGAAAGUUGUUAUGAGAAACAAUAUCCUAUUCUAGAAGAGGAUGAAGAAGAAGAUGACGACGAUAAUUGUUGA